AUGUCGCUGGAAGAAGUCAAGCAGCAGCGCUUACUAACCCGGAAAAACAUGUCCCGCAUAAGGACAAUAGUGGAGACAAGCGAAAGUAAAACUGGAAAAAUACUUUCACCCAUUGAACUCAAGUGUCGACUCGGAAUUUUAGAUUCCUAUUUUAAGCAGGGGUUGGGCUAUCAAACGCAAAUCGAGAAGCUCGAUCCAGAAGACAAUGGUAGGGGUGACCUGGAAGACCUCUACGUCACCAUCCGUUCAAACAUCCAAAUGCAGCUCGGUGAAGAUGAACACAAUUCAACGAUCCCUGAAUCAUCAGCAGCAAUUCCUGUUUCGCAUUCAAAAAUACCAGCAUUAAAGCUACCCGUAUUCUGUGGAAGGUACUCGGAAUAUAAAAAUUUCAUUGCAUCAUUCAUGCACGUCAUCGAAAAUGAGUCAUCGCUGUCUAAUAUUGAGAAGUUUAACCAUCUCCUCAAUUGUUUAAAAGGGCAGGCCUUGGAGACUGUGAAGGCGUUCCAAAUCACCAGCGAGAACUACUCAAAGGCAUUAGACAGAUUAAAAUCCCGUUACGACAAUAGCACGCUCAUCUUCAUGGAAACCAUCAAGUCGUUAUUCGAGCUACCUUCUGCUGCAAAAGGCGGUGCUUCUCAGUUACAAAGUUUGGUCGACAACGUGUCUGCACUUUAUAGUUCGCUGUUGUCAAUCGGCUCUGAUAAAAACAUUUCGCAUUUACUGCUCAUUCACCUUGUAAUGGACAAGGUUGAUGAAGAAACGCAAAAAAAGUGGAAGGAGUCGUUAGACUUCACAUCGCUACCAUCUUGGGAACAGUGCGCAAAGGUUCUUGAACGACGCUGUCAGUUUUUAGAGUCAGCAUCGGGCUCCCUCUCGUUUGGUGAUUCUGGUAAAUCCAGCUACAAACAGGAAAACAGGAAUAAGCCGCCACGUAAGGGCUAUUCGUUUUCAUGUACAAAUCGCUCUUGCGCAUUAUGUUCUAAUUCAGACCACUUAAUUGGCAGUUGCUCUCGCUUCAAGCAACUGGAGAUUGCUGACCGCUUCAAAGAGGUUAAAAGGUUAGGUCUGUGCCUAAAUUGUUUGUCUAAUAAACACCAACUAGCACAUUGCUCGUCCGCAUUCAGAUGUAAACAUUGUGCUCGUUCUCAUCACAGCCUACUUCAUCGUGCUCCUACUUCAAACAAAAUGCAGUCAGUAUCGCUUUCUACAUCAUCACUUGAGCAACCAACGCAACCUGUAAGUACUGCAGCUACGCACACACAUCAAGAAAAAUCGCCACAAGACCAAGUCAUACUAGCAACUGCAGUGGUGCUCAUCCGAGAUGCGUCUGGCUGUUUUCAAUUCGGUAGAGCGCUACUCGACUCCUGCUCCCAAGUAAAAUUUAUUACCGAGGAGUUUUCCCGAAAAUUGCGCCUCCCAAGAGAAAGGCACCACGUUGAAAUCCAGAGCAUUGGGGACUCGGUAACAAAUAUUAAAUACAAGACAUCAGCCAUUGUCAAAUCACGAAUGUGUGACUAUGAGACACCAUUAUCGUUCCAUGUUACCUCGCAAAUCGCUUAUCAACCAGAGGCUGAAUUUAAUAUCACAUCUUGGAACUUGCCGGCUAACAUUGAACUCACCGACGAAAAUUUCUUUAAGCCAACACGUGUAGACCUACUCAUCGGCACAGAAAUCUUUUUCGACAUUCUGUCUAUUGGGCAAAUAAAGUUAGCACCUGGGUUACCGUCACUACAGAAGACUUUAUUAGGUUGGGUCGUCUCUGGCCGAUAUCAACGACCUACAGAAAAUUCAUCAUCAAUUUGCCUACUUUCGGUUGAAGAAUCAGUGGAUGCCAAUUUGCAACGCCUCUGGAAGCUGGAUGAACCAUCAAACGCAGACAUGUGGACCACUGAGCAAAGGAAUUGUGAACAAAGUUACUUGCAAACCGUGCAGAGAAACGCCGAGGGGAGAGUUGUUGUCAAGCUACCGUUUAAAGAGGCCCCUCAUUGUCUUGGCCAGUCAUACGCAACUGCACUUCGAAGAUUUAUUGCUCAGGAGCGGCGUAUAACGCGCUGUCCUGACCUUCACCAACGAUACAUCGCAUUUAUGGAAGAGUAUUCCCGCCUUGGGCAUAUGAGCAUCGUUAAAAAGGUGGAUUUCGAUAAUCCACAUUACUAUGUGCCUCAUCAUUAUGUCCUGAAGCCAACUAGCACAACAACUAAGCUAAGCAGGGUAGUAUUCGAUGCCUCCUGCAAGAGUACAACCCAAAGAUCACUCAACGAUAUUCUUGCUGUUGGGCCUACUUUGCAGAACGAUCUAUACAUCUUGCUACUACGGUUUCGAUUAUAUCGUUACACACUUACUGCUGAUAUCGUAAAGAUGUAUAGACAAAUUUUGGUGGAUAGAAACGAUCGCAAAUUCCAAUACAUCUUAUGGAGAAGUACGCCUCACGAUGAAAUACGCACUUACCAGUUAAACACGGUAACAUAUGGUACGGCGUCCGCGCCUUAUCUCGCUGUACAGAGCCUCAACUACAUUGCUGAUGCAUACGAAUCGGAUUAUGCUCUCGGUGCCAGCACAAUUAAAACGUCAUUCUACGUUGAUGAUCUUUUAUGCGGUGCCGAUACCCUGGCAGAGCUAUCGCAAAUCAAAUACGAAGUCACGGAGAUACUAAGGCGUGGUUGUUUCCCCUUGGCGAAGUGGCAUUCAAACCACUAUAAAUUUCGAGAAGAUGACACCAUGAAAGAUUUAAAUAUCGACGAAAGUUUUACAACGAGCACUUUAGGUAUACAAUGGGACCAAAUACGAGAUAUUUUCUUAUUCUCUUUUCAGUCGAAACAACCUGUGAAUGCACGUGGAACUAAGAGAUCAAUCUUAUCUAUUGCAUCAGCGCUUUUCGAUCCUUUGGGACUUCUCGCUCCGGUUAUUAUUACUGCAAAGAUCAUAUUACAAGAAAUAUGGCUUUUGAAGCUGAAUUGGGACGAGUCUGUGCCGCAGAACCUACAAACGGCUUGGGAACGAUUUCUCAAGGACAUAGCGCAUCUGAGUACGCUCUCAGUUCCAAGGUAUUCUGGAUCAACAAAUCACAACUCUUUACAAAUUCAUGGGUUUUGUGAUUCGUCUAUUCGAGCCUAUGGCUGUGCUAUUUACCUUCGCUCGAAAUCAACAGAAGGCAAACCUACUGUCACCCUUUUGACUGCCAAGUCGCGUGUAGCUCCAAUUAAGAAGCAAUCGUUACCUAAACUCGAGUUGUGUGGCGCCUUGCUGUUAGCACGUCUACUACCAAAAUUAAACCUCUAUUCAACGCCAACACCAACGUUUCUGUGGACUGAUUCACAAAUUGUGCUACAUUGGCUUGAACUGCACUCAGCUACCCUAUCAACAUUCGUCGGUAAUCGAGUUUCAGAGAUUCAAGAUCUCACAGCAGAUGUAAGUUGGCGGCAUGUCCCAACAAAGUGCAACCCGGCUGAUAUCGUGUCACGAGGCUGUACUGCACUUGAACUAAGCAGUUCAAUUUGGUUUUCAGGACCAUCAUUCUUACAACUUGAAUCCGAAAACUGGCCCAGCAAUCAAUGUGGCCAACUCGAUAUGGAAGAAGUUUCUCGAGAAAAACGUGCUAAAGCACUGGUGGCAUUACUACGUCUUCAAUUCUGGGUCAUAAAUGCAAGAGAUGUGGCACGUCGGAUUGUGAGAUCUUGCAUACAUUGUGUAAGAUAUAAGCCGAAAUUAUUUCAGCAGACGAUGGGCAACCUUCCUGUAUCACGUCUUACGCCAUCAAGACCGUUCGCACGGUGUGGUAUAGACUUUUGCGGACCAAUUGAAACAUACCUGCGCAUUCGAGGCAAAGGACCAUACAAAACUUAUAUAGCCAUAUUUGUGUGCUUCUCAACGAAGGCAGUGCACAUAGAAAUAGUAUCUGACUUGUCAACAGAUGCAUUUCUGGCCGCACUGAAGCGCAUGAUCGGCAGGCGAGGAUUACCAACUGAUAUAUACUGCGACAACGCGACUAAUUUUGUAGGUGCCAGCAGAAAACUUCAAGAGUUGAAGAUGGCUCCGCAUUUUGGAGGCCUAUGGGAGGCCGCUGUGAAGUCAGCAAAGGGUCUUUUGAACCGCAGUAUGGCGAAUGGUCGCCUUACCUUUGAGGAACUGAACACAGUGAUGAUUUCUAUCGAAGCAAUACUAAAUUCACGGCCAAUUUCACCUUUGUCAUCAGACCCGAACGACCUUGAAGCCCUGACUCCAGGCCAUUUUUUAAUAGGUAGCUCUCUUAAAGCAAUCCCAGAGCGAGAGGAAAUGGGCACCAACAUUGAUCAUAUUAGCAAAUGGGCUCGCACUGUUGCGAUCAAACAAUCGUUUUGGCGAAGAUGGUCACAUGAAUAUAUAAACAGCUUGCAAGCGCGGACCAAAUGGACGAGUGGUAAUCCUAAUGUAUUGGAAGGAUUGCUAGUGAUUAUCCAAGACGAGAACGCACCUCCGCAGCGAUGGACUAUGGGACGUAUCAUCAAGUGCAUUGCUGGCAGUGAUAAUCGCAUUAGAGUCGUCGAUGUUAAAACUUCAAGAGGAAUCUUACGCCGACCAGUUCAUAAAAUAGCUGUACUACCUGCUUGA